CUUUGCCUGGACGGGAGAUAAGAUACGAGAUAAAGGACGAGGAGGCAGAGGAGUCAUAGCGUGAGGAGAAGUGACAAUUCAGUGGACAGAAGUUGGUUUCGAGCCACCCAAGACUGGACAAAACUGGACUGCAACUUGGAUACCAACUAAAAGCGAAAAGUAGAACUAGACAAAUUACCACUGCCAUCCAGCCAUCAGAAGAAGACUAAAAAGAGGUAGAGGACGAGGACGGUGGACUUGACAAUGGAACCCCGGUCUGCAUCGUGGCUGUACGUGACGCUCUGCAUGAUGAGCCUUCUGGCCCAAGGCUUCAAUAAUCAUCCCACCAGCUCCCUGCCGAGGGUCCAGAGGGUCAAACGCGGCUGGGUAUGGAACCAGUUUUUUGUCCUGGAGGAGUACACCGGGCUGGACCCUCUUUAUAUCGGAAAGCUCCACUCUGACAUGGACAAAGGCGACGGCUCCAUCAAGUACAUUCUGACGGGCGAAGGCGCCGGCACCACCUUCACGAUCGACGACAGCACAGGUGACAUCCACGCCAUCCAGAGGCUGGACCGCGAGUUCAAGUCCCAGUAUGUGCUGCGAGCGCAGGCCAGAAAUCGCCUCACCGACAGACCGCUCGAGCCCGAGUCCGAAUUCAUCGUCAAGAUCCAAGACAUUAACGACAACGAGCCCAAGUUCCUGGACGGACCCUACCGGGCGUCGGUGGCAGAAAUGUCAAAAAUAGGAACGUCAGUGAUCCAGCUGACCGCCACCGAUGCAGACGACCCGACGUACGGCAACAGUGCCCGUGUGGUCUACAGCAUCCUGGAGGGUCAGCCUUACUUCUCGGUGGACGCCAAGACCGGCGUGGUGCGGGUCUCGCUGACCGACAUGGAUCGGGAGACCAGGGAGAACUACACGGUGGUCAUUCAGGCCAAGGACAUGGGCGGCCAGCUGGGCGGGCUCACCGGAACCACACGUGUGGACAUCUCGCUCGGCGACGUCAACGACAACCCACCCAUCUUUGAUCAAAGGUUGUACCAGAUGAGCGUGCCCGAGUCGGCCUCGGUGGACUCGGAGGUGGGUCGCAUCUGGGCCAAAGACCGCGACGUGGGCGUCAACGCCGACAUGACGUACAGCGUCAUCGACGGCGACGGCAGGGACACCUUCGGGAUCGCCACCGACAGCAGCAACAGAUACGCCAUCAUCACCGUCAAGAAGCCGCUGGACUUUGAGGCCAAGUGCAGUUACACCCUGAAGGUAGAGGGCGCCAACACACACCUGGAAGACGGCACCACACUCAGUGACGUCACCACAUUCAGUGACGUCACUAUCGUGCACAUCAGCGUAGACGACGUGGACGAGCCUCCCGUCUUCGAUGCGCCCGCUUACCUCUUGGAAGUGGCCGAGGACGCCGACGUGGGCACGCUGGUCAGGAUGAUUGCCGCCAGGGACCCGGACGGCGACAACAACACUGUGAGGUACUCCUUGGACCGUUCUAGUGACCCUGACAAAUUCUUCUACAUGGACAUCACAUCUGGCGCUCUGAUGACGUUGCGUCCGCUGGACCGCGAGCAGCUGGCCUGGCACAACAUCAGCGUGCUGGCCAUGGAGAUGAAUAAUCCCUCUCAGCUGUCCAGCGUGGCCGUGUCCAUCCGCGUGCGGGACGUGAACGACAACGCGCCCACGCUCAGCGACUACCUGGAGGCCUACGUGUGCGACGGCGCCAGGGCGGGACAGUUGAUCCAGGCGGUGACGGCCGUGGAUCCUGACGAGCCUCCCAGCGGACAUCACUUCUCUUACGCUUUAGCGCCACAUGCAGCCAACAACCCAAACUUCACCCUGCGAGACAAUCAAGAUAACACGGCGUGGGUCUUGACGCGUCGCGGCGGCUGGUCCCAGCGGGAGCAGACGCUCUUCUACCUUCCCAUCAUGGUGACGGACGGGGAGGCUCCGGUACACACCAGCACCUCCACGCUGAGCGUGCGUGUGUGCGCCUGCGACCGCGACGGAAACGUCAUGACCUGCAACGCGGAAGCUCACAGCCUGCCCGCCAGCCUCAGCAGGGUCGCACUCAUUGCCAUCCUGGCCGCCAUCUUUGUGCUCCUGGUGAUGAUCCUGCUGAUGCUCUCGCUGCGGAUGCACCGCAAGAAGCCGUACCUUAGCGACGAGGAGGAUAACGUACACGAGAACAUUGUCCGUUACGAUGACGAGGGUGGCGGCGAGGAGGACACGGAGGCCUUCGACAUCGCCGCCAUGUGGAAUCCGCGGGAAGUGCACCCCCACGCGGGCGAGACGCGGCAGGACAUGCUUCCGGAGAUCCAGAGUUUGUCUCGCUACGUACAGAUGGCUAGCGGCGGCAGCGGAGUUCACGGCUACGUCCUGUCCAAGCUCCUGGAGGCCGACGUGGACCCGUGCGCGCCCCCUUACGACUCCCUGCAGACGUACGCCUACGAGGGCGAGGGCUCGGUGGCCGAGUCGCUCAGCUCGCUGCAGUCGGGCGCAUCCGGCGGCGACCACGAGUACGACUACCUCAACGACUGGGGGCCGCGCUUCAAGAAACUGGCCGAGAUGUACGGCGUGCUGGACGUUAACAAUCCUCCCAUGUGGUAGAAACACACACGGCCGUCAAGAACCAUCAGGACACAACACAGAACACCAAACUGACUGAAUUCUCUAUAGGCGGGCCUGGUAUUCUCUCUUCAGUGGCUCCUUGACAAGUUAGUUGCCAAGAUUCGAGAUGUACGGCAUCCUCAGAUAUGUUGGCAACACACGGCUAUUAAGAAUCAUCCAGAAAGAACAAAGCGAAGAUUGACUAAAUUCUGCCUUAAUGGGCUUGGUUCAGUGGGUUCCAAUUCAGAGCCUCCAGAGUGUCUGCAAGUCGAGCAUGUGUGAACAUAACGCCGCCACGGAAGUACGAUAAACAAUUUCCAGCAGAACAGUGCCAACACCGCCGCCUCAUCGGUCUGGAGCCUAAAUUGUUGGUGUUUAUUUGUGUUGAAGCUAAGUUAUUUUAUUACCAACUCUAGAUGUACAGCGUGCUGGACGCUAACAAUCCUACCACGUGGUAGCAACACACACAGCCUUCAAGAACCAGAAAGUGACUGAGUUCUGUCUCGACUGGCCUGGUUUAACCCUCCAUUGGUGCAACGGCAGGUUAGCUACAUUAUCUAUGCUGCUCCAGCGCUUCAAGAAAUUGGCUGAGAUGUACAGUGUGCUGAAUGCUAGCAAUCUGCCGACGUGAAAGAACUCAAAAGCACCAGAGACAGACUGUAUUUCGCCUCAACGGGCCUGGUUCAGUGAGUUCCGAGUCGCAGCCUCCAGAGAGUCGACAAAGCACACUGGAAAAAGGGAUGCCACAAAAGAAGGAUGAAUGAGUCCUAACAGACAAAUGCAAACACUGCCACCGCCUCAUCGGGUCUCGAGCUUAAUUUAUUGGUGUCUAUUUAUGUUGGAGCUAAGUUGUUUGAGGACGUCACAAAUUUGCAUUUCAAGAAUCUGGCCGAGACGUACGAAAUAAUUCAGAGCACCACAGUCAGACUGAAAUCCGCCUCGGCGGGCCUGGUUUUGACCCUUCAGUGGCGUCCAAGUCUGAGCCUCCGGAGAACCAACUUUAAAGCACACGACAGUACCACAAAAGAGACAUGAAUGAUUCCCAGCAGAAGAACACCGCCACAUCGGGUCUGGAGCAAAAAUUAUUGUUAUCUAUUUAUAUUAGAGCUAUCUUAUUUGAGGACAGGAAGCAGCUGUUCACUCAAACGAGAAGUCGUGACGAGCGCCUUUCAUUCGGGACACCAUCGUGCCAGCAGAGUCUGACGGCCGCACGCCUCAACGGGUUGGCUACAUCGUCGCCGCCAUGCUAAGGCUACUUGACCGUGGAGCUUGUGGAGCGCAAAGACGCUGUAAUCUAUCAGGAUCAAGUGCCAAAACUAUGAAGAACAUUUUGGAUUUAAAACAAACAAAAGAGCACCAAAAGAAAAAGAAAAAUUUGUGAGGGUACCUUUUGAUCUUUUUACUUGAACUACAUGUGUGAACACUCAUGCUACGCUAACGUGGUAUGUGAAUGUCUGUAAUUUUUUUGUAUUCUUGUUAAUAAAACAACGAAAAAGCUACUUUGGCCUCCUAAUUAUGUUCCAACAAACUAGUGGUAGAAGUAGUAGUAGUGGUGUU